UGUACCGCCGCUGUGACACUGAAGGGAACACAACACUUCACUGCUGCCUCAGUAGUAGCUCAAGCACACAAGAGCCAAGGUGCUCUUCUUCAAAAUUCUGCUCCAUUAACAGCUAAACAGUAAGAUGGUUGUUCUCGCUAUUUCCAAGUGUCCUUAGUUGUCUUGUGUCUUUGUGCAGGACUGAGUGGCUCCUGCUGAAGAAUGGUGCCAGAGUUUUCCAGGGGAACAAACUAGAUCUCACACCAGUGCACAUCGAUGCAGCUAAGAUGAAUUACAAGGCUGUUCAGAGUUCAAGUGAAGAGACGGGUUGGACGAACGAGAUGAGUAAAGACAACAACGUCCCCCGCACCGUCGUGGAGGACGACAGCGGCCUUCUCCUCUGGGCAGGGCAUAUCUCCAGGAAGUUGGCCUCUUCCUUGACCUACUGCAGACUGGCAGCAAUUUUUCUGCUACUUCUGCUACUGUCUUCCUCGCAAGCAUCUGCGACAUGUGAGCAACCGUCUUCACCACCAGCGGCACGCCUAGAGCCCCCGCCUCCACCAACAACUACCGGCGAGCUGCCGCCGCCUCCACCAGAAGCUGGUCUCGAGGCUCCACCUCCACCUGCAGCAAAUCUUGAGGUGCCACCGCCGCCGCCUCCAGCCGGGGCCGGCAUCCCCCCGCCUCCACCAGCGACUAUGGUCGAGUCGCCGGCGCCUCCAGCAGGAGCCGCCGUGGUGGUGCCGGCCGGGACAGCGGUGGUGCUGCCGUCGCCUGUAGCCGGGGUUAUCGUGUCGAGGGACACCAAAGAGGACCGCCUCUUUAAGUGGCUUUUCGUUGGUUUAUUCCUCGUCCUCCUAUUCUCUCUUGUGUUAGCACUGGUUAUUAUGAUAGUAGGGCCGUGCACAUUCCGGCUGCGCAUCUCUCUAAUGUGUUUUUCGUGCUCACUGGAAUGAAACUCCCCAAGCUCUGCUGUGCCUGUAAUCCCCGGGGACGUCGAGCAACCGGGCCGCGAGCCGGGGCAGCGGCUGAACGGAGCGGUGCCGAGCUGGAAGAGCAGCUGCACGACAGGCGCGUGAACGGAGGGAGCUCAGCGCGAGGGAGCCUGUCCGAUGGAAAGAGAUUAGCUUGCUAAAAAAUGCUGUUAAUUCUGUUUAAUUUGUUUUUCAUUUUGAGGGAAUUCGGCUCAACUUGUUUGAGUUCAGUUUAAUUUCGUGAUAAG